AUGAGGAAAUAUAUCGUUAAAGAACUCGAGUUGUUACCAAAGAAAUCCUCAUUGCAUGCUCGGUUCACUGGUAACUGGACAAAUAAUGCAGGAAUUUAUGAGCUCGGUGACGGACUUUUGUUGAAUAGAUGGUACCACAUAUCUUAUACUCUUUCAGAUUCUGAAAAGAGAUUAGACAUCUACAUUGACGGUGAAUGGUUUGGAUAUUAUGGAAUCCAGAACGUUACAACAGAAAAUGUUAUAUUCAAUGAAGGACCAUUAUAUAUUGGACGUUCUUUCGACAAUGGGUUUAAUGGCGAAAUUUGUAAUGUCCGCUAUUUCAAUUGGCGUUUAUGUGCCGAAGAAGUUAAGCAAGAUUUCGUUAAUGAUGUAAUUAAAUAUGGGUCGAAGGUGGCCCUUGUCCAUGUAUCUACUAGAAAAUAUUUGACUACUAAUGGAAUCAAAUAUCCAGAUCACGAUCAAGAUAUGGUUGUGUGUAAAGGUUGGGAAAUCGAUUUGAAAAAUGAUGUUUUUACUAUUAUUGAAGCUUAUGGUACAAGUGUAUGCACGGGAAGCCCUGUGCCUUUAAAUUCUAUUAUUGGAUUUAAACAUCAAGCGACAGAAGGUAGAGAUGACAACGACGACUUUGUCAUUAAACGUUCUAAAAAUGUAUCAUGUUAUUUGUUGAAUGGUGAUAUAAUUAGCAUAACCCAUGUUAAUACUGGUUAUUCAGCACUUUAUAGUCAUCCCGUAUUAUUGGAUGACGGAACUCAAGAAGUUUCUUGUCAUGGAAAUGGAAAUGAUGUAAAUAAUAAGUGGCGUAUUGAAUUAAUUGAUGGUCCGAAUUUAUGA